UCUUAGAUCUCAAAUCUUGCGACCACGUGGCUGCAUGGGUACCUAUCAUGUUCAGUUUUCCCAAUCAGUGUUGAAUUUUCCACAUCAGGCCAUAUCCGGCAUAUUCCACAUCAGGCAACAAACAGGGUACAUUCCCGGGAACACAUCCAACAGGUACGAAACGAUAAAAAGGAAAAUGAAACCACUAAUCCUUUCACGUUCGAUCUUUUACAGAUCCGAGCGAGCACGUGGGUGUAGCCCAUUACCCGUAACGUUGAAUUUUCCAAAUCAGGCUAUGAACCCCAAACGGGGUAUCUUUCGGAAAACCAUCCAACAGAUCCGAGCGAGCACGUGGGUGUAGCCCGUUACCCGUAACGUUGAAUUUACCAAAUCAGGCAAUGAGCCCGAAACAGGGUACCUUCCGGAAACACAUUCAACAGGUACAAAACGAUAAAAAAAAAAAA